GGGUACGUUCGUCCAUGUGGUGUCUCAGGUCAACUAACGCACCUGUUGACAAUUUUAACGGUAGAUUGAAAGCAACAAUAGAGGCCAGACAACAUUUUUUAUGAGCCACAUUUUUUGCUUUCUGCAGAAGGUGGAGGCGGUGGUAAAUUUGAAAACCACCAGGGAAGAGUGAGUCAACUUUGCUGCGCGAAGUGGGGUAAAAAAAUAUUUGAAAAUUCCCUCGCUUGCCGAAGGCCAUGAAUCAGAAUCGAUAACGGCGGUGUAUUCUACCACGGAAGAGAUAAGAAUUUAGCCAUGAAGAAAGUGUCUGCAUUUUCCAUGUUUCAUGCCAAAGGGAAAAAGGCAAAGGGUGCAUUAGAGGAUGUGGAACCGAGCCCAGUGGUGAACGGUGAUGAAGACAGGAAGAUGUCACUAAGAAGAGCUGCGAGCACACCUGUUGCCCUCGACGAACAGAAGAAAGACAGCGCGCUACCAAGGGAAAAAAGUUCCUGAAAGUCCUGAAGGGUGGCAGUUUGAGGGGCAGUAUUAGGUCCGCUAGCAAAAGAAGACCCUCCAUUCUCCGUGACCAAGUGAAUGACAGCCCCUAUGUUGCCAACAACGACUGCUGUGAGCUGACGGCGAUGAAACACAACAUGCCCAUCGCAUUGGGGGGCAGCACUCUUAGCAUUGACAGUAUCGGCAGCAUCAGUAGCAAGACAAAGAAAACUUCACCUGAGAAAACCUCAACUGGUAAAUCCAAAACCAGUACAGGACAGUUGCCAAAGCCAAUGAUUGCUUCUCCUGCUAAAGGUGUCAGUCUGCCACCUAAACCCCCAAAGCAAAACACCCAGGCAAAACAGGCGACAAAACGUAAAAUGAGCUCCCCAGAACAUGUAGAGAAAAAGAAAAAGAAAAUGGCAAACCGUCUCAUGGAUUCUGCUGACACAUCUCAAAUCUCAGGAGUGACUGCAUUGCCAGAGACCGAUGGCAAUGAGGACGAGGAACCUGUAGCACGGCGUGUGCCAUACAUGUACGACAGUGGCGAGCAGGCCAAGAAAACAUUUGAAUGUCUCAUCCAUCCCCUCACCACAGAUAGGUUCUUCAGUGAGUUAUGGGAGAGGAAGCCCCUGCUUGUGAAGCGCCACAUUCCACAUUAUAAUGACGGUUGGUUCACCACAUCCGAACUUGACAGGAUACUACGCGAGGAAAAUAUCCAGUUUGGGGUGAAUCUUGAUGUGACAACUUUUGAAAAAGGUGUACGAGAAACACACAACAUUUCAGGCCGAGCAUAUGCUCCAGUUGUGUGGGACUACUACCAGAACGGGUGCUCUGUGAGGUUGUUAAAUCCUCAGACUUACUCCCGAAAUGUCUGGAAACUGUUGGCCAUAUUGCAGGAAUACUUUGGUUGCUGUGUCGGUGCUAAUGUGUAUCUCACUCCACCAGGGACCCAGGGCUUUGCCCCACACUUUGAUGACAUAGAAGCCUUCAUACUGCAGCUGGAGGGGAAGAAGCACUGGCGGCUUUACAGUCCCAGAAACAAGUCUGAAGUACUGCCAAGGUUUUCAAGUGCCAACCUGAAGGAGGAGGAUGUGGGGGAACCCAUCCUGGACGUGUUGCUGGAGGCAGGGGACAUGCUGUACUUCCCCAGGGGCACCAUACACCAGGUGGGUCAGGGGCAUGUUCUCUUGGCAGAGGAAAAGGCGUGCAGCAUCCAUGGAACUGGCGAGCGAUGGGACAAGGGGCAGCAGCGUGUCGUGUGUACCGUGGAGCUUGACCCUGAUACACACAUCAAGAUCAUUCGCAGAGGCGUCAUCAGACUGGUGACAGAAGAGGACCAGGUUCGAAUCUACCACUGCCUUGAAAACAGCCGUGUCUACCAUGGAAACGAGCCACAGUUCAUAGAGAUUCUUGCAGAGGCUGCCCCAGCGGUGGAAUACCUCAUCCAUGCAUAUCCCGAAUAUAUCGCCAUCGACAGUCUACCGCUCGACAACCUUCAGGACCGAAUUGACAUUGCCCGGGACCUGUAUGAGAGAGGCCUACUGAUCACUGGCGACCCGCUGGAACCUCUAUAUGAAGAGAGUGAGGGGGAGCAGAGCUAGCUUGCAGCAGCAUCACCAACAUCAGCAGCAGCACCAACAACAUCACCACCCCCAUCACCACCAACAACAACAACUUCAGCAACCCCACCACCAACAACGACUACAUAAUCAUCAGCAGCAACAGCAGGAGGAAGAGGAAUCAUAUACUGAACUUAUGAUGCAACCAUUCAUUAGGGGGUCUUCAUAUUUUACCUGUAUAUUCAAUAUGCAACAUGUCAUGAUGUGGUUGAAUCUCAUCUAUUUUUAGAUGUAAUUCAAGUUUACAUUUUUUAAUUAUCUGCUGAUUCAGACAUACAAAUGGCAUUCAAAUAGUAUAUACCCAGAGUCCAAGAUUGAACCGGCAUAUGAAUGCUAUUUUAGGUCAAUUAAUAGUCAGCUGUUGGAUUCCGUUUGUCUGAAAAUAAGCAGAUAUUCUAUUCUCUCCAUGUCUACAGGCCAUUACAGUAUUAUGCUGCCAUGUGUCGUAACAACUUCACUUCCUUCACCAGAUAACCCGCGACUAGCUUCAACUGAAUAUUGAACUCUUGGGGAAUCUAUCCAUUUGUGGUGUUAAACAUGACCAUGACAAUAGGAGUGCUUGUUUUCUUCCCAUGUCUGGUCGUGACGCAUACACAACUAAACUGCAAUGGGCUGUGGACUAGUUGCUUGUCGAGUAGGUUGCAGAGUGGUAAUGCCACAGUCAGUAGGAUAUCUGCCCAGCGGACAUGAUACUGGAACCAUGGUGUAUGGAUACAUGUAGGAGUAAUGGUGGACACAACAUGGAAGACCUGCCAAGAAAACCAGCAGGAAGCUCACAGACUAUGAAGUGGUCACAUGCUGUGUAGUGUACUGUCACACUUUACAUUGAAAUGUGGGGCAGUGGGGUAGCCUAGUGGCCAAAGCGUUCGCUCAUCACACCAAAGACCCGGGUUUGACUUCCUAUUCUAAUGGGUACAAUGGGUGAAGCCCAUCCCUGGUGUCCCCAGCCGUGAUAUUGGUGGAAUAUUGCUGAAAGUGACAUAUUUUAUCCUUGUUGAGUCCACCCACUGGCCUGUGCUAUUACCAUGGUAACAGUGUAAAUGAUUCCAUCUAUAGAGACAGAUGGUAAUGCAACAGUUUACAGAUGUCUUCAGCGUUACUCUGUAUGUAGUUGGGUGUAUGGUCAUGAUAAUGUAUAUAAGUUUCUGUUGUACAUGUGUAACAUCCCUCACUAUAUGAUGGAGACCUGAAAUUGUAUCUGAUGUGCUGACAGUUGCAGCUCAUCGUUUACAGCAGAUAAUCUGCACGUACACAUCUAAUGUAUAUUUAAUUUGCUUUCUCACUCUUUCAUGCUAAGUAUGUUUCCAUGCUGGUUGGGGCGGGUCUUGUUGGCUUCUUAUCAGUAUUAUUUUUAGCAGCAGGUAUGAAGGAGAAAGUGGACCUUUAUCUCUGUCAUUAGAAGCAUGUUCAUGUGUAAUGGCACUGCUUGUGCUAGGCAGUUAGGUUCAGUCACACUUACAUUUGUUGCUGCAUAUGUUACCAUGGUUACAGAGUUUCUUCAUCAAGUGUGGCUUCAUGAAAUUAUUGUAUUCUUAUGCAUCACGUCGCUGCACUGUAUGCUGGUGAUAUGUGAAUUUGCAUCACAUUUCCUGAAAAGUUACAACUCCUAGCUUUUAGCAAGUAGUAAAUGUGUGGUUAGCCAGGGGCUUACCUGGUCUGUCUGUCAUCAAACAUAACUGCUCAAUAUAUACACUAGAAUAUAAUAUAUUUGCCAGAUAUGAAACACCUUUAUAUAGUGUUAUUUAUUACAAGGAAAUCUCCACAUUGUGAUGUUGAUGUAUGCUUUCCUUCAUGAUCUGCAAGAAGAAUAGCUGUUUGGUUAUGGCAAGAGCUUGUGUUUGCUACAGCUGUCUUGCACCUAUACAAACCGACAUGUUAGAUGUAGCCAAUAAACUCUCUCGGUGACAGAUGUCAUUAUGAUCUAACUCCCUGGGAAAGACAAACAUAUUAACAUAUGGUCCUGAGAUUGAUAGAAUUCUCAAUUCAUGAUCCCUGGACAAUCAGAAAAUAGUAUACUACUCACACUUUGCUAAGGAUCACCAAAAUUCACAGCUUUACUUAAACGUAGAUUCAUAGUUUGAAAUUGUAUCCAUUUCAAACUGGAUAAAUGUUAAUAUGGUAA